AUGAUUCAAAUCGAUAAUGUAUAUGAUACACUCUGUAAGAGUAUUAUGAAGAGCAUACAAGUCAAUUGUCGAGUUGACUAUUGUACCACGCACAAGAGUGAGGAAGAUACACAAUAUGAUUUCCAAUCAUCUGAGAUAUAUAACAAUGUCUAUCGAAAUUUAAAAGCAUGUGUUGUUGAACUUUUCGAAAAUAACAAAUCAAAUUUGAACGUGGAUUCCGAAAUACAGCUAAAUAUCAACACGAAAUGUGGUUGCAGAAUAAGCAUAUUUCUUCGUUAUAUUAUUGAAGUAGGCCUUAUUUCAGUGAUAGAAAGUAUAACAACAGAUAUAGUGGCUUCUUUGACCAACGAAAAGUUAUUUGGAAACUAUGUGCCGAAUUGUAUUUUUGUGUUUGGAAACCCGUUCAAUCUGGGGCAGGGUUCAGAGAUCCACAUAGCAUACACCAUGAUUAUGCAAAAAGCGAUUGAUGACGGUGUAUAUAUUAAAGAAAAAGAUACAAAGAUAUUUGUACUAAGAGAAUCUAUAAUCCAAUUGCUGGACACGUCCUCAACUGGAAAAAAUCCUUACAUGUUAGAAAGGUUUGUCACUGGAACUUUGUGCCAAGUAUCAAGCAAUACAUACAUGAUGCGGAUUUCAAGUUCAAACGGUUUGCUCCCUUUCACCCGAAUAAAUAGUGAUGGUGAUAUCAAAAAUACUACUGCAGGUGAUGGUAGUUAUAUGGUAUUUAUUCAGAAAGGGAAGCCCGUUUCAACAAAAGGGCUUAUAAUUCAAACCAAGGAAGUACCAUGUUAG